CUCUUCUAGUCGCAACAGUCCGAACUGGCACGGAUUUAAUAUGUCCGAUCGACAUGAUGGACGAUUCGAUAUUGUCGCCGUCGAUCAAAAGUCUCUCGAGUCUCUUACAGCUCUUCCGCGUCACCGACAACCACACCCACCACGAUGACACUGACCAUUCACCACCUCCGCGUGUCCCAAUCCGAACGCAUCAUCUGGCUGUGCGAAGAACUCGACAUCCCCUUCGACCUCAAAUGCUACGACCGUGCCCCUCUCCUCGCGCCUGAAGAUCUCGCCUCUCUAACUCCCAUGCGCACUGCACCCGUCAUGGCCGACACGAACCCCGUCACUGGGCAGACCUUCAGCAUGACCGAAUCCGGCGCAAUAGUAGAAUACAUCAUCAGCAUGCACGGUCAGGGUCGCUUCUCUUUGACCCCCGCCCACCCCAACUAUCCCGAUUACCUCUUCUGGUUUCACUUCGCGAACAGCAGCCUGUUGCCUUCCAUCACGCCGAGAAUGUUCCUCCGCAUGGCGAACCCAAAACUGGACAGCCCUGUACAAGGCAUGGCCGAAGCUAGGACCGCGAAGAGCCUGGCGGCCCUGGAAACACGACUGGCCAAAACCCGUGCGUGGCUGGCCGGCGACGAAUUCACGGCCGCGGACAUUAUGAGCGUAUUUUGUCUGACGACGAUGAGGACGUUUGUUCGGUUCGAUUUGCGCGGCUACCCGAAUAUCUUGGCGUAUCUGGAGCGCGCGGGCCGUAGAGAGAAGUACCAAGCCGCUAUGGCAAAGGGAGAUCCGGGCCUGGAUUGGGAGGUGGGUAUGAGUGCGAAAGGGUAUGAGAUGCAUGGUGCCCUAGCGGAUAUGGAGAAACAGUUCGGUGUGGGCCUGGAAGCAAAGGUCUGAACAAGGGCUGCCUCUGACAGCAAGACGGAAUAGACCAGCAUGAGCACGUGUUAUACAUGACCAACGCUGGCAACGCAAGACUCAUAUAACGGCUGCCUGGAGACAACAAGAAGGUGAGAAGCGCAGGCCCGGCCUAUCCUGCGAAAAUAGCAACAGAGGCGGGGCCCACCGUGUUUGCCGUGUACAAUAUCCAGCACAAGUCAAAGGAUGAAAGGACGAUAAAGCGCUGGAAACUCCACUCCUUCCAAGACGUUGAGUCUUAUCUCAAAUUGAUACGCCAUUCUACUCG